UUUUUUUGUCAAGACACAUUUUUUUUGCGUCUUAAACAUGUCACAUAGUUUGCCAGUUUAACGGUUUAGUUAUCUUUGACCUGCUAACUAUUACCGCUCUUCCGGAAUUGCUCACUUGUUUUUCUAUCGCUAGCCCCGUUUGCUAAGUUGCUAGCUGCCCGACUCCAAUCCAAAUCAGACAUUGCCAGGCCUACCAGCUCUAGGGGGUGUUCAUUUUGUUUAAUAAAUAGCUAGUUAGCACGUAUCUACGUCAGCUACCUGUUGACAGGUGAACUUGAAUGGCUAGCUAACUGUAUUACCUUGACUAAAGUAUGUCUUGCCCAUGCACAUCGGCCGCGAGGAUAUUCUUGAAUUCAGCACAGAGAGGGCUGUCUUGUUCUCGGGUUCAGCUCUAUGCUUUGAGCAGACCUGGUUGGGGUUUUCGUGAAGCUCCUCUACCUCGCAUAGUCCAAGUGAGAUCCUUCCAUGAAACUGCAGUAUGUUUUGCCUCUAAAGAUGGAACGACUAAGGAUGGAUCCAGCGAUGGGGGAAAGAAGAGCAUCAGUGAAGGAAAGAGAUUGGCGGGCUCUUCUGGUGGAUCAGGGAAGGGGGGUAACCAGCUGCACUGUCCCAAAUGUGGAGACCCAUGUACACAUGUGGAGACCUUUGUAUCGUCAACACGUUUUGUAAAGUGUGAGAAAUGCCAUCACUUCUUCGUGGUUCUCUCUGAGACGGACUCUAAGAAGGGCCUGAAUAAAGAAGCAGAGUCGCCCGCUGAGGCUGUCAAAAUGGCUUUCGCACAGAAACCUCCCCCGCCACCCAAAAAGAUCUAUGCCUACCUGGACAAGUACGUAGUGGGUCAGUCCUAUGCAAAGAAAGUGCUGGCGGUAGCUGUGUAUAAUCACUACAAGAGAAUCUACAACAACAUCCCUGCUGGGAGCAGACAGGUGGAGGUGGAGAAACAGGCCUCGCUCACUCCACGAGAACUAGAGACGAGAAGACGGGAGGAUGAGUACAGAUUCACAAAACUCCUUCAAAUAGCAGGGAUCAGUCCCCAUGGCAACGCCCUGGGAGCCUCCAUGCAGCAACAGGCCACUCAGCAGGCUCCUCAGGAGAGGAGGGGCGGAGACGUGUUAGACUCCACACACACCGACAUCAAACUGGAGAAGAGCAACAUCGUGCUGCUAGGCCCCACCGGAUCAGGCAAGACAUUGUUGGCCCAGACCCUGGCCAAGUGUCUAGAUGUACCCUUUGCCAUCUGUGAUUGUACCACCCUGACCCAGGCUGGCUACGUGGGGGAGGACAUCGAGUCUGUUAUCGCCAAGCUGCUGCAGGAUGCAAACUACUCUGUGGAUAAAGCACAGCAAGGCAUAGUGUUUCUCGAUGAGGUGGACAAGAUCGGCAGUGUUCCUGGGAUCCACCAGCUCAGAGACGUAGGGGGAGAAGGUGUACAACAGGGUCUGCUCAAACUCCUGGAGGGCACGAUAGUGAACGUUCCAGAGAAGAACUCCAGGAAGUUGAGGGGAGAGACGGUGCAGGUGGACACCACUAACAUCCUGUUCGUAGCGUCAGGGGCCUUCAAUGGACUCGACAGAAUUGUCAGCAGACGGAAGAAUGAAAAGUACCUGGGCUUUGGCACGCCCUCCAACAUGGGUAAGGGUCGUCGUGCGGCGGCAGCAGCUGACCUGGCUAACAGUAGUGAACAGACCGACAUGGUGGCAGAGAUGGAGGAGAAGGACCGGCUGCUGAAGCUCGUGGAGGCCCGGGACCUCAUUGAGUUUGGGAUGAUCCCGGAGUUUGUCGGGCGUCUGCCUGUGGUGGUGCCUCUACACAGUCUGGAUGAAGAGACGCUGGUCCGUAUCCUGACAGAACCUCGCAACGCCGUCAUACCACAGUACCAGGCCCUGUUCAGCAUGGACAAGUGUGAACUGAACGUAACGACAGAUGCUCUGAGGGCCAUCGCCAGGCUGGCUCUGGAGAGAAAGACUGGAGCCCGAGGCCUGAGGUCCAUCAUGGAGAAGCUUCUUCUGGAGCCCAUGUUCGAGGUGCCAUGUUCAGACAUCAUGUCUGUGGAGUUAACCAAGGACGUCGUCUUGGGCAAAUCAGAACCACAAUACGUCAGGGCUCCAGCAGAGGAGGACUACGACUCUGGUAUUGAAGAGGAGAACUGGCCCAGACAGGUGGAUGCGGCAGCUAACAACUGAUCGGAUCUCCCUCCCCCUGUCCAGUCAUUCAUUUCAACAACCGUCACAUCUACAAUCAUUUAGAACACCUUCUAGAACAUUUGGAAGCCAACUGUAGGUUCCUGGAAUUCCAGCCCCUGAGCCAUCUAAACAGACCUCCGUCAGGCUCUGUAGACCACUACUAAAACCACACCAUAAAAGUGUUUUCAUAAUGAACAACACGGAUUUGAGCUCUAGAAGUACCUUUUUUUGGGGGGGGUCCUAUGAAUUGGACAGUAGGCUAAUUCUUUAAGUUGUUAGAAAAUGAAAAUGGACCUGCUAUAGUGUAUAUAUUUAAAAAUGGUUGGGGUAGGUUGUGUAAUUUGUCUGUUCUCUCUCUUGUGUUGUGGUGAUGACAGAUUGAAAUGACAAUGGAAACAAAUAUAACAGGAUUGGGAUCAUAUUUUACACUUGAAGACUUAACCAGGACUAGGAAUGUUCCGUUUUACUAUCAAAUCAAAGUUUAUUUGUCACGUGUGCUGAAUACAACACAAUACAGUGAAAUGCUUCAUUACAGGCUCUAACCAAUAGUGCAGAAAAAGGUAUUAGGUGAACAAUAGGUAAGUAAAGAAAUAAAACAACAGUAAAAAGACAGGCUGUAUACAGUAGCAAGGCUAUAAAAGUAGCGAGGCUACAUACAGACACCGGUUAGUCAGGCUGAUUGAGGUAGUAUGUACAUGUAGAUAUGGUUAUCGUCAAUGUUACAUAACAGUAUACAACUAAUGCCCUGACUGUCACCAGCAGACCGGGGUUUAAAUACUAUUUGAAAUUGUUCACAUACACACACACACACACACACACACACACACAUACACACAUACACACACACACACACACACACACAUACACA